CAACUACAGGAUCGAGUGUCUACAGGAUCUUCGAGGGACUUGAACUGAGUUUGCAAAAGAAACGGGGGCCCUGUGGUUUUAGCAUGUUAUUUCGAUAUGGCUGAAAAGAAAAUUAUUCAAGAAUCCAUGCAAGUUGCAGCAAAAAAGUUCCUGGAGUUUGUUAAUGGGGGCCCAUCACCAUUUCAUGUGGUGGGUGAAUGCAAGAAAAGGCUCAUAGCAGCAGGAUUUCAAGAGCUGGUGGAGAAAGAUCACUGGGAUUUGAAGCCUCUACAAAAGUACUUUGUCACCAGGAACCAAUCAACGAUUAUUGCUUUUGCUGUUGGUGGUCAGUAUAAACCUGGUAAUGGAUUUACCAUUGUAGGAGCGCACACUGAUAGCCCAUGCUUUAAGGCAAAGCCAGUGUCCAAGCUGACAAAACAUGGAUAUCAACAAGUUGGUGUAGAGUGUUAUGGUGGAGGUAUAUGGGGGACAUGGUUUGACAGGGAUUUGACCAUUGCUGGCAGGGUUCUUGUUAAGAGAGGGGAUAAGGUAGAGCACCACCUUGUUAAUGUCAACAAACCCAUCCUGYGAAUACCGCACUUGGCAAUCCAUCUACAGAGAGAGAUGAAUGAUAAAUUCUCUCCCAAUAAAGAGACUCACUUAGUACCAAUCCUGGCCACCACUUUUCAAGAACAACUGAAUAAAGAUACAUCUGACGAAACCUCCGGCUCUGACCAAGACAAGGAGCCAAAGCCAAAAACUAAAGCUGACUCCCAUCACUCACUUCUGAUGAAGCUCAUCAUGGACAAUUUGGGAUUUGAGUGCAACCCAGAUCAAGUGGUUGACUUUGACCUCUGCCUUGCAGAUACCCAACCUGCUGUACUGGGUGGACCCUUGGAGGAAUUUAUCUUUUCUCCAAGGCUUGAUAAUCUGGUCAAUGCUUUUGCUGCUUUAGAGGGAUUGAUCUUGUCAUUAGAGGGGCCUACGAUCAAUACUGAUCCUAACAUACGGCUCAUAAAUCUGUAUGACAAUGAAGAGGUUGGUUCUGUAAGUGCUCAUGGUGCAGGAUCAAUGCUCACAGAAAUCAUUCUGAGAAGACUUGCCGCUGGAGGAGGUUCAGCAAGUUUUGAGGAGGCCAUACCCAAGUCUUUUCUUGUGAGUGCUGACCAAGCUCAUGCUGUUCAUCCUAACUACUCGGAAAAGCAUGAAGAGAACCACAGGCCAGAGCUUCAUAAGGGUCCGGUGUUGAAGUUCAAUGCCAAUCAGAAAUAUGCCACCACAGCAGUUACUGCAAGUGUUUUGAGACUAGUAGCAGAGAAGAUGGACAUACCAUUGCAGGAAGUGUGCGUGAGAAAUGAUUCUACUUGUGGUUCUACCAUUGGACCUAUUCUGUCAGCUAAGCUUGGAAUGAGAACUGUUGAUAUCGGAGGACCACAACUGGCAAUGCAUUCCAUCAGAGAGAUGUGCUGUACUUCCAGUAUUUACCAGUGUUCUCAUCUGUUCAAGGGAUUCUUUCAACACUUUCCAAGUAUUGAUUCAUCUUUUGUCAAUAUUUGAACUUGGAUCAUCCAUACCUGAAGUUUUUCCAGAUGUAACCAAAGUUACAGCAGACUAAAUUUAUGCACUGUAGUUUAACAGAAUAAUAUUUAUCCCCAAAAAAUCUUAAAUAAAUAAAUUAAAAGCAAAAUGGGAAUUUUUUGUAGAUGUAACCAAAGUUACAGCAGACUAAAUUUAUACACUGUAGUUUAACAGAAUAAUAUUUAUCCCCAAGAAAUCUUGAAUAAAUAAAGUUAAAGCAAAAUGGGAA